AUGCUCACUGAACAAUUUGUGGCCGCCAUAUCUGGCUCCACGAAGCCAAAUACUGGCGUUACCAAAGAUCAGGGUAUCUUCAUUCACGAGUUCCAACCCUUGGCGGCACAGCGUCAUGUCUUCAAGAAGAGCGCGACUGCUCAGAACGGCAUUGCUAUGACCAGCACACAUAUUUUCGCCGCGCAAACCGAGAAAGCCAUUAUACACGUAUACAGCCGGGAGAAGGGCAAUCAGGAAGCUAUUGUGCCGUUUCCCGAGAGGAUUCACAGCAUUGCGCUUGCGGCGCAGGACACAGUACUGUUGCUGGGAGCUGAGAGUGGGCGAGUGCUGGCUUGGGAGAUAUGCUCAGGUCGUCUCGUCUCCACGUCCACUUCUCACCUUCAGCCUGUGACGUCUAUCGUUGUCGAUCCUUCCUCGAACUUCUUCCUUUCUGGCUCUGCAGACGCUAUGAUACACGUGUGGGCACUACCGUCGAUUCUUUCGUUUUCGUCCGAUACUUCUCGUUCACCUGUUCACACCUUGUCUACGCAUCGUGGACCUAUUUCGUCUAUUGCGUGCGGACACAGCUCUAGCACCGCCAACAUUGCAGUGUCCAUAUCAGGAGACAAGACGGCGAUUGUAUGGGACUAUCACAACGGCCAGGCGCUUCGCACAUACCUCCUGCCAGAAACGCCGACAGCAGUGACUCUGGAUCCAGCCGACAGAGCAUGCUUUAUUGCUUACACAGAUGGCAGUCUGCAGACAGUAGACUUUUACGACGAUAUCCAGAAGACCACAUCGACCGACGUUCUGCGAGACGCCCCAUCGUCACACCGACCUAUACAACCUUCACCAAAGACCAGGUUCGGUGCUGAUUCGCAAAAGCUGGGAGGGGCUCUUACUCUGAGUCUAAGCUGGGAUGGCACAACUCUUCUCUCCGGGCAUAGCAGCGGAAAGAUUGCUGCCUGGGAUAUUGCGAAGGGCAAUUAUCUUUCCACCUUGGCCAACUUGCCAGGACCUGUAUCAAGCUUGCAAUUCUUGCGUCCUACAGGCUUCUCGAGCGCCACUGAGCCCACCUUCAAAAUUCAGACAAUCGUCAAACCGAAACAAGACGCAGGGUUGACAGGCAGCAGCAGUGGCUUGGUCCCCUCAAACUACAACCCAAACAUGCAGUUCACUGGUCGAGUGAACACCAUAGCGGUAUCAGCCACAGAUAGGCGGUCCACCAAGACAAGCUCGUUCGCGGAGGCCCUCACCCACCCCAGUUUCCCUACAAACAUGCUCGAAGAAAGCCUCGCAGAGUUGGAAACAUGGGUAGCUUCGUCUAAGGUCAGCAGUGCUCCAACAGUCAACAUCACAGCACCGAGCCAAAGUGACGAUGUAGAGCCAUCGGGUGCAUCUAACGAUGUCUCUCAAGACGAAGUCAAGGAGCUGAAGAAGCAGCUUGCCAGCCUACAGCGCAUCCAGAAGGUCACAUUUUCGCAACUGUCGGAACUGCGCGAGGAGAAAGAAUACUUCGUAGACAAGGAAAAGAAAAGAGCUGAACGUGGGAAGGCGAAAAAGAAAGCAGGCCCCGCCAACGGCGAUAACGACGUGGAGAUGAGCGACGGCGACGACAGUGUCGAGCCAUAA